UCUGUUUCCGGAAGACAAUUGCUGCGCACUGUUCCUUCGAAAGGGUGACCUUCCGUUUGAGCCGUCUGGUUUGGAGAAUAUGUUGAUUUAAUAAUGAUACGAUCAUAACACAUGCAACCUUUCGUGUGUUUCUCCAGACAACAUGUUUUGUGCACUGAGAAGAUGUGUUUUCUCUGGCAGCAAGAGGCCUUUGCAGUUGGUGUCUAGACCUUCAAUAUGUCCAGACAGACUGCCCAUCAAGCCAAUCAGAGGAAUGGUUCAAAACACUGGAUUGUUAUGGAGUGAUGUACCACCAAGACCCAAUUUAGUUGCUCUGUGCAAGGCUCAGGCUUUUCAUAGUUCAGCUUGGAUGCAAAAAAAGAAAGAACCCGAAGCACCUCCACCUCGGGAACUGGAUCUCUUGCGGUAUGAUAUCAGGGACAUGAAGAAUGCACCCAAACCUGCCUUGUACCUUGGACUCUCUGGACUCCUACCAUUUGUGGCAGCACCCCUCUCCAUGGCUGUCACAGAACUGUACCUGCCAGAAGUAGCAUUUGCGCAAAUUGCAUACGGGGCCUCCAUUGUGUCCUUCCUGGGUGGUGUGCGUUGGGGUUUCGCCCUACCAGAGGGCAGUCCGGCUAAGCCUGACUGGAUGAACCUGGCUAACAGUGUUGUUCCCUCUCUGUUGGCAUGGGUCGCUUUGCUCUUCAGCAAAGAGAACCUUACGCAGUCCGCGUUGAUGGUGAUUAUAGGACUAGGUGUUGCUUUGCACUAUGAUCUUGCGCUGCUUCCUACUUACCCCAGCUGGUUUAAAGCCCUUAGGUCCCUCCUUACAGUCGUAGCCUUUUUCUCUAUCGUAUCUACAAUAAUAAUCAAAGAGGUGUACCCAGAGAAGAAGUUUUUAACAAAAGAGUAAUGUUUAUGAAAUUUGUGAUUGUUAAUGAAAUUGUAUUAGAAUGAAGACAGAUGACCGGACAGUGGAUUGAAAAGGUUAUUAAAAAACUUGUUUCAUG